UCAGACAGCCAUCUUUUUGUUUGGGUGAGUGUAAUAUUUAUUAUUAAGUUUCCGAAAUCUUUAUUGGAGAACGUUAACUGCUAUACGUAUGGAUAAUAAUUUCAAGUAAGGUUUCCAAAAUGGUAUUCGAGUUCCAGGCACUUUUUUGACUGAAUUCUCCAAACAACUUAAAAAUUUCAACAGUCCAAUACAAAACUGCACGAAAUUCAUUCUGACUUCCUUCACUCAAAUUAGUGCAGAAUGGCAGCCAUUAGCAUUCCAGUGCCAGAAGAACAGGAAAAUCCACCCGGCAACCCUGAUUUGAAGAUAUGCACAAACAAGAAUUGCAUGCUUUGCAAUGAAGACGGCAGCGACGAAUUUAACCUUGGAAAGUUGUAUGAGUUUAAAGGCAUUGUGGCACAUUACUACUGUUUGCUGUUGUCGUCGAACAUGCAGCAAAGAGGAGACGACACAGAGGGAAUUUUUGGUUUCCUGCCUGUGGACAUCCGCAAAGAAAUUGCUAGAGGACGGAACCUGAGAUGUUACUAUUGUAAAAUGAAGGGGGCUACGAUAGGAUGCUGUAGCAACAGAUGUAAGCGUGUAUUUCACCUACCAUGUGGCAGAAAAAAGGAUUCCCUCCACCAGUUUUUUGCGGAAUUCAGGUCCUACUGCGGGGAUCACCGGCCUCUGCUCAACGUGAAGAAUCUAGAGAUACCACACGAUUCUGUGUGCAACAUUUGUUUGGAAGUUUUCAAACCCAAACCGUCUAAAUCAACUAUUCACUCACUAUUAGCAUUUUGUUGCAAGAAAUGGUUCCACCGUGUUUGCAUACAGAGAUGUGCCUUGAACUCUGGCUAUUUCUUCAAGUGCCCAAUGUGUAAUAACAAGACACUGUUUCAGCGUGUGAUGCAAGACCACGGAAUAUUUAUUCCAGAGCAGGACGCAGCGUGGGAGCUGGAGCCGGGAGCCUACAGAGAACUGCUGGACCGCCACAACCAGUGCGACGCCAGGGUCUGCGUCUGCCCCAAGGGGAGGAACUUCAACUCCGCUGGAACUCGCUGGGCGGUGGUGCUGUGCUCGAGCUGUGGUUCCCAGGGCAUGCACGUGCGCUGCGGGAAGCUGGGCUUCAGGAGCCCCGCCUGGGAGUGCCCCGUCUGCGUCUCCGCCCACUCCCAGCACGGCCAGCCGGCUCACGGAGUUGAUGCUGCACAGUCCAACUCUGAGGCCAUUAUAGAAAUAGAAGACAGUGAUGAUGAUGAUGUGCAGCUUAUUUCAGUCAGCAUGGGUAAUCAAGAUACAGAAAGUGCAAUAGUGUGCAUCGAUGAUGAAGAAGGGAGCCCACUGCAGCUAAUCAAAUCAGACACAUUGCUUGCCACGCCUGGCGGGGGAGCAAUAUCGGUGAUGACUAUUGCUGCCUCUGACAAGAUACAAGAGGUGGUAGGAGACCUCAAUGUGGUGCACCAGCGGCGAAUGCCUGACCCUUCUCAGCCUACGCAACCAUCGCAACCUUCGCAACCUUCGCAACAUUCGCAACCUACGCAACCUUCGCAACCUUCGCUGAAAAUUGUGUCUGUGGUCGGUGGGGUGCAGAUCAGCGACGACGACGACGACGACGACAGCGACGUCGUAGUGGAGUCGGGUCCCUCCGAGCUGCCAGGCAGCAGGAGUGCGGCGGGCUCCCCGCCCUGCAAGAGGCUGAGGACCGCUGGCACGCCCCCGGUGCCUCACGCCGCCGCGCCGCCCGUGUCACUCUCGCUCGGCAUCACCAGUCAGAUGCAAAACAUGAUAAUAGUCAGUCCGGCCAGCUCUUCCCAGGGGCAGCAACCCCACCCGGAGCAGUUGCCGGCGUCACCCUCCCAGCAGCCGGUCGCAGGCAAGAAUCAGAACCAGAUGGGCCAUAUUUCAUUCCCGGUCCCCGGUAUGGACAGAGCCGGUGGUGUGAUCAACUUGCAGGUGAUGUUCCCACCCGGGGGCAUGAUUAACUUAGUCCAGACACCGUUUCCCGCCAACUCGUCGCAGAUGCCACAGGUUCCGACUUUCCAGUUGUUCCAAGGAAUGUUCCCUAAUACCAGUUUGCCCGUGUCCCCACAGAUGUCUCCCUCCGUGCCAGUUUCCUCUGCUCUCGCCUCAACCGUCUCUUCGCCCGUUUCCAAAGAGGUUCCUCGUUCGUCUCUCCUCUCCCAGCAAACAUGCUCCAUCACCACGACCUCUUCUCCUCAAACCGCGUCCGAAACAACGGUUUCUGCUCCUGAGCCUUCGCCGCUGCCGGCCGAGAAGACUCGGCAGGCCUCAUCCUCCCCGGCUCCAGCGCAGGCCGCAGAUGACGACGUGCAGUUCGUCAGUGAAUAUCCGUCAGACAUCAGCACGAGGAUGCUGCUCACUCCAGACCGUGACUCGCCGCUGAGGAGGCUACCUCAUUCCGCUCCGGAAAGUGAUGCGGGGACGGACGUGGCGAGCAGAAACACUCCCGACCAGAGUGACGUCUGCGGAGAACAAAGUUUCCAACCCCAAGGUUGUGCUUUAGGACAGUGCAUAAACACUAACAGAAACAUUAGGCUGGUCCAAAAUGAUGCGUCACCUGGAACCAGUUCGUCACCGCGGAGCGCCUGCAGUGGACAGAUCGGUGGGGCAGCGAGGGGGCGCGUCCUGGCAGACCAAGGCCAUCCUGCAGAGGCACCUGGCCUCCCAGAGACCCCCCCCACCGCGGGCCCCUCCGGCCGCCAGCGUCGCCGCUCCUCCGGCCACAGGUCACCUUGGUUCGAAAGUUCUGGAAAUAAUCGAACUCAACUAAUUCCUGCUUUUAUUCCAUUAAGUGACCUCAAAUUCAGCCAUCAGAGUGAUAGCAGCUUAAAGGUGGUUGUGAAGGAAGAAUUUGUGGUCCAUGUGACUAAAAGCUCAAGCUGUUUACAUAAAAAACCCAUUCGUCAUAGAUAUCAAAAUUUGCGGUACAUUACGGAAACCAGAAAAUAUUCAGGCCCGAGUUACCGACCACGGCAGUCGUCAACACAUUCCGCUGCUAGAAGUUCAAACUGUGUAAGUUUAUCUUCAAGUGUUAUCGGGGAAAGGCAAGUCAUGAGACCAAUAUCAGAUCCAAAAAACAGUAGUGCAUCUGUAACAGGGGCUGACAAAAGUGGUGCAGAAUCUAGUGAAGAUAAAAGACAGCAAGGGGAUUUAGAUUCUGCAGACAUUCCCACAAGUUCAGUAGACAGUUCGAAACCAAGUGUUUCUGGAGGUGGCCAGGAAAACAUAAGUCCUGGCAAGGCUUGUGAUGGAUUAAAUGUCAUGAUAGAGAAAUUGGAUCAUGAUGUGUUCAGAAAUGAAAGUGCCGUUAAUGUAGAUAGUUUUCGUAUUAAGGGAAUACGACAAUAUGGUAAAAGGAAAAGGAAAUAUUCACGCUUCAGAUUGAGUACCUACUCACAUAGGAGAAAAUGUCAAUAAAUUAUUUUACUUGACUAGUAGAUUGUACAAAAAGUAUAUUUUUUCUUUGAUCAUAUCUCAUAUGAAUUGUACAAUAUGUAUUAGGUUGUACAUGUUUAGUUUUAAGGAUGAUUCUGUAAAUUAAAUUUAUGUGCACCAGAAAAUUUUAUUUUGUGUUAUAAAGAGAUUUAUAUAAUGUGUGUUGGAGUACCCUUUGUGGAACAUAAACAUUAUUUUCCAAACAAAAAUUGUUACCAAAGUACAUUCAUAAUUUUAAAAUAAGUAUUGCUACUAAAUGUACCUCGGUAAAAAGGCAUUGUUUUACAUUUUAGUGUUAAAAUUUGGAAUGUUACCAAUAUGAUUUUGAAGUACUAUAAUGGCGUAAAGUAUUUCAGUAAAAAAAUUGGGUUAAAUUUUUGCUCUUAGAGAUAUGGAUAGGUUAUGUUUUGGUCUGUUGAUAGCUGCAAAGACAUGAAUGCAGCAUAAUUUUUUUCAUUGAUGGACCAUGAUAGAAACAUUACAGCUCAGUAUUCUGUUCUCAUUGUUUCAGACUAUUUUUAAACACUUACUCUUAUUUUAGUUAGUAUUGUUUUUUGCUCAUUGAGAAGGUAGGCACAUUUCUUGCCCAAAAAAUAACCAUCAAUGCUUUGAAAUACUGAGAAGUUUUAGUAUGGUACCUUGUCAGUACUAAACUUUAUGCUACCUGAUAUGAUAUUAUAUAUACUAGUAUAUAUUAAUGUGUAUUGUGAAAUUUCUGUUUAUAAUUUGAUAAUGUUCAUACUGAUGCUUGACAAACCUCUUGCAAAAGAAUGAGCUGCCAUAAUCAAAUGUGCCGCUGGUUAUUGACCUUUGUCUUCCCUCAACCCUCUCUCUUAUGUACUACUAAUCCAACAAUAAGUUUUAAGCCUUUUAGUUGGUUUAUUUUCAAAAGAGAAAAAAUUUGGAAGAUAUAGUAAGUAUCUCCAUGACGGUGCCAACAGGCAUCUUUUUUUAUUUCAUACAAACCGGGAUUAUUAUUUGAUUUUGGCUAAAAUCCUGAGUAUCAGCAAAAGUCUAUUGUGAAGUAUAUAAAUUUGAAUGGAACAGUAUUUCCAUCAUUGCAAAUAAAACUUUAGACAAUGUAGACUACUGCCAAGGUAUGUGCACACAGGGCGAUCGAGUGAAAAGAAUGCAUACAAUUAUUAUUAUGUGUAUAAAUCCACAUCUACGCCAGGGCAAGUUUCAUUUGAUAUGCCAUAGAUGAGACUGACAAUCAAUUGACUAAAAACACGUGUUUCUCAACACAGUGUGUGCACGUUGCAUAACACAAAAUUUGCUGCAGACUGGGAGAAGCUUUUACCGUUUGCAAUAAUAUAAAACAAUGUUUAGAUAUUAAACAGUUAUACCUAUUUCAACAGAUGUAAUUGUUUAUAGUUAAAAUAUCUCAAAACCACAGAUAAAGUCUUUGUUGUGUAACUUCACCAAAGAUUUUUUUUUUUACAGUUAAGUUAGAAAGUAAUACACAACAAUGUAUCCUUCCAUUAGCUGUUAUGAAACAGAACCUGUGAAUCUAACAGAUACAUGAACACAUGCUUCAGUAAUUUCCGAGGAAAACAAACUAUUCGUAGUAAUGUAACAUGUUGCUAGAGGCAGCACCUGGGUAGGUUGCUUAAUGGGAAUUAAAAGUAAAAUACAUGUGGUAUGGCUAUUAUAUUUUGGUAUGUCAUGUACUAAAUUUCUGUAAUGUGUUGUGCGCUGUGCACAUAAGUUAUGAGUGGCCAGUCUGUAGUUGUGCAUUUGUCCUACCGCAAUUGCAUCUUGUGUAUUUUCAAGUAGACGUGUAUGCGCUCAUCCACAAAUAUUUCAAACCUAACAUUGAAUUUUUUACGCAAGUAUCAUGUACUCAUUAUCUGUUAUACUUCUAACCAAACUCCCAAAAACUCUCAUAAAACCAGAAAUCACUUAAUUUUUACAAACCGUUAAUGUUACUGAUUUUUAUAUUUGUUUAUAUAUAUAACAUAAGUUUUUUAGUUCUCUCAGCAAACCUAACAUACAACAUACCAGCAAAUAUAAUGCAACACAUAUUUUUCAAAUAGGAUUUACGGCUAUGAAUUUACAUGUUAUGGUACGUUGAUCGCAGUUCAGCAAAAAAAAUUUUGCAUGACAAAAAAGUAAUUCUGUUUACAAAUAUUUUAUAGGAGUACAAUGUUUGCUUUAAAUUUAAAAAAUAUAUUUGAAUGACUCAUUGUUUUGAUUCUCGGUCAAUACAAUGGCCAGACUAUGUAUUCUAAACAGCAUUAGAAUUUUAAAUUUUUGUUUGUAGGAGUCUUGCUGAAAAUUUGUAUUUGAACACUUUAACCUAAUUUUAUAUCCCAAGUGAGGGUGAAGAUAUAUUUAAGUUUGUUAUUUUGUUCAGGGGGUACAAAUGUAAAAGUGUUUUCUUUAAAUAACUUUUGUCAUGUAACAUUAGUAGUUAGUGAAAUUGUUUUACUAUAAAUUGUAUUAGGAAAUAAUUGUAAGUAAUAAGUUUAUCAACCAGCAUGUUAGUUGCUGUGUGUACAUAUUUAUAAUGCUUUGUGGUAUUGCAUACAUACUUACUCUGUCUGUCCAUCUAUCUGUUUACUUUUAGUCGAAAUUCAUCAUACAUUCUUACUUGGUUCGAAAGUACUUAUGGCAGUUUUCACCUGUUCUUUGUCUUAUCAUUUUGUCCACAGGUUCAAAGAGAAUAUAGCAUCAGUAGAUUAAAAAAUGUAUUGUAUUAGUAUUGAAGCUAACAUGUACAUAUUUUACAUAGAAACAUUUUUGUAUGAACGUAAUUCCAGUGUGAAUAGUGAAAUUUGUCAUAAUAAAUGUUGAAAUAAUUU